AUGGGGAAAAACCUGCAUAAUGACCAAGGGUAUGUAUCCUUCAUAGAACUGACAGUCUUGGCAGUUUCAGUAGUGAAGCAACUAGGAGAUCCAUAUUCAAUGCCUGGUAGAAUAUGGAAAAAACCGGUGACCCUGUUUCUUUUUGUAAUUUUUGUGCAGAAUUGUGAUAUUCAGGAUCAUUUAUGGAAGGUUUCCUCCUCCUUGCAGCAAGUUUUUGGAAUAUUGUGUGUUAGCGAUUUUCUCAAACGAAUAGUUAACUUGAGUAAGAAUCCUGUAUCUGACUCUGUGUUUCUGGAAAAAUUGAAACUUUUAGAUUAUGGGAGUGGAAUGGCCCAAAAUUUCUUCUACGGUUACCUUCGAAUUAUCCUUCCUAACACAGGAGAUGAAGGGAAAGGAAUAAUAGAAAGGAUUGAUGACUUCAUAUCCCAACAGAGGCUUUCUGAAGACAGUUUCCCUGUUAAGAAGCUAUUCAUUCUGAUUCCGUCAUCAUCAUACUUGCCAAAUGAUUUGAAAGAUUGUUCUUUUGACUGGAUGAAAAGUGCUGGUACUUUGGAGAAGAAGAUCAGAGAUCGUGCAGGGGUAAUAAGCAGACCUUAUAAGAACUCUGUGUAUCGAAUCAAAAAUCCAGAUGAUGACAAUGAUAAAGGAAUUUAUGUUGUUGCUGAAGGAGCUACCCCAUGCAAAACAUUGCAUGAGGUUGUGCAGUAUAGUGGAGAAAGGCAGGAGUUCUAUAAAGAACAUCAAAAAGAAAUAAUCUUCAGUUUCUUUGAAACGUUGCGAGAAACCUUACGAGAAGACAGGGACUGUAGAGGUCUUUGUGAAUUUGUUUACUAUGAUGGUACUGAUGAAUUUGGACUCGGCAACAUCAAUACAGACGAAUUUGGUCUUAACAACGUAAAUGUGGGGCGAUUGCUCCUUCAGCGAAUAGAAGAAAUUCAAGCAACAGAAGAAUUUUUGAGAGGUGUCCGUGAUAGAAACAUCUAAAAUAAAAAAAAGUAAUUAACUCUGUGCCUAAAGCAAUGUGAAAUAUUGCUCUUUCAAUAAACAAAGUAAAUUAUCAGGGAUGCAUUAUGUCCAACUGUAAUUCGCAAGGGAUGUAUGUAAUCUGCAAUUUUUUUAUAUACCAUCUAAAGUUUUGUGCACAGUGUGGUGUGAUUGCAAGAAUAAUUAUAUUAACAAUUUUUCUUGCUGAAUUUGAGGUAUCGCUUUUUUGACUAGUCUCAGAACCUUACAGUUCUGCUGUUAAUCAUAUUUUUUUUAUUACCAGACAAGCUGACAACUCUAGAGCAGUGGCAUAGUUCGAGGCAGUGUAAGCAAUAUUACUUGAAAAUGUUCAUUUAAAAUUUUAUAAUUUUAAUGUUUUACUUACAUAUUUCUAAAAUGUAAUGUUUUAAUUACAUUUUAAUAAUAAGAAUAAGAUUUUUAUAAAUUUUGGAAGUUAUUGUCAUGAGAGUGGCUGUAAUAUCUCCAGUAGAAAUAUAUUUAAAAAAUAUACAUGACUAGUGUUAAACUUUGUUACAUGUUGGCAUUUUCUCUAACAAUCUAUUUAUUAUAAGUAGGAAGUGCUUUUAACACACAUUUUCAUUUUUAAUAGUAUCAAAUUAUACAAUAUACAUUUUUUUUUUAUUUGAUUGAUGUGGAAGGGGGGUGGACCCUGUUAAUAUUGCCCUAAGCAACUCUUACUCUAGUUCUACCACUGUUCAUGAGACAGAUGAACUUCAUGAAAGAGUUACCUGAACAUAUGACUGUCUAGAUCUUGUUUGAAAUUUCUGCUAAUUAAUGACUUGUCUUUACGUUAUUCCGCCUUAUUGAACAAUUCAAAUAAGUUGGAUAUUUAUUUUUCCCCAAUUUCCUUUCAAGUUUACUAUUUUUUAAAAUAUAUUUUUCAAUAAAUUGAAUGAGACAUUGAUGUUUUCGUUCACUGCCAUGGCAAAUUGAAAAGUUUUGAGCUUAUUAAUAGUCUUAAAAUAUGAUUAAUUGAUAGAUACUUAUUAGCUGUUUAAGGCUAUGCCCACGUAAUUCGUCUUUUUAGUAUUCUGUGAGAGUGAAAUUGCACAUGCAAAGUUGAAAUCUGUACAAGCAUACAACUUCAUGUGUGUGCUAUCUUACCACAAUGUGACUCGUUGCUAUCACUGGAUCUCAUGGUUUAUAUUGCUUGUAUUAUAUUUAAAUAUUCUGAGGAAAGUAUUUGUAAGAAUUAAACUUUGGAGAAACCUAGACCUGAUGGAAGAUUUAUAAUUUUGCUUUGAAUGGUAAAGUAUGUAUUGUUUUUUGUGCAAAAGCAACAACAUAACACUGAAUGUUCUUCAGAUUACAUAACCUAAUUCUGUAGUAAUCAAUAAAUUGCUAGAUAUUAUUUUUCUCUGAAGAGCUAACAAGUAUAGCCUGUUUAGUGUUGCUUUCCACAAAAUCCCUACAUAUACUCCAACACAGAACUGGUACAAAAAGUCCUUAAAUUGGACUUCAGUAUUGCGAAAGUAGAUAGCAAUUUAGUAAUUUUUUAAUAUCAACUGGCAAUACACCUAAUUUAGUAUGUAUAAUGCCAAUGUUAAAACAAGCAAGAUAAACUAUUCAUAAUUUCUAUUAUGUCCUUUUAAGCAAAUGUAUAAGUAUGAUAAUCUUAUGGUGUAUAAAAUAGGUAAUGGUAAGGUUUAGAAAUGUAUUUACAUUCUUGCCCUCUGAAAGCCACACUACUUUGUCUUGGGAGAAAAUGUGGCAAGACCUUGAAGACAGUAUGAUAGCCUUCAUGUUUUGGCUGCAUGAAAUUUCCACCUUCUGUGAAAAGCAGUGUGCUUGUGCACAUAUUCAUCCCACAUAUACCAAGUGUGUUAUUGCACGCAUUUCACUUGCAUGUGAAAUUGAAUGAAAAGAUGUAUUGUGUAGUCAUGGUCUUCAGCUAUGAAUCAUUGAAGGGGGAAAAAUUUCCCUAAAUAAUCCUGAAGAAGGUUGCAGUGUAACUGAAAAAGGUGGCGAACUUGCCAAGGAUGCCACAGGUACAUUCAACCAAGUUUUUUUGAAGGGGCAUUAGGCCACAUUAUUGCAGUUACAAAUGUAGCUCACAUAUUUGGCAUCUCACAUGUUGGCACAUGUAAAUCAUUGAAAGGUAAAAAAUAAUUUGGGUGUUAUCCAGACAUUGAUGAAAAAGGUAAAAAGGGAAAAGUCUACCAUGACUGUAUCAUAAUAUGCCCAUCUGUAAUAACUCAAAAUUGUUUAUGAUUUCACUCUGACCCCAUUAGUUGUAUGUUACUUUACAAACUUUCAAGAUGCUGAUGACUGAAGUUUUGAACCAUUUUAUGGCACAGAAAUAUAAAAUUUACC